AUGAAGAACCAAACAUUGGUCAGUGAGAUUGUUCUCUUGGGAUUUCAGAAUCUCCAUAACUUCAAGAUUCCUCUGUUCUCUCUGUUCCUUCUGAUUUACAUUAUGAUAAUUUGUGAGAAUGUUCUCAUCAUAGUGUUGGUGUCAUCCAGCCGGAACCUCCAGUCCCCCAUGUACUUCUUUCUCCAGCAAUUGUCUGUAUGUGACUUUCUAGAGUCAACAAUUAUUGUCCCCAUCCUGCUCCAAACUGUAAAAAAUGAAGGAGCCACAAUGUACUUUGUUGACUGUCUGGUCCAAUUUUAUUUUUUUUCUCUGACAGAAGCCUUUGAGUGUUUUCUUCUAGUAGUAAUGUCCUAUGACAGAUAUGUGGCCAUCUGCAUCCCACUGCAUUACACUUCUAUAAUGUCCCACAGGGUUUGUGUUACAUUAAUAUUUGUUUCAUGGUUGCUUAGUCUCAUUGGAGUACUCAUUAUUGCCAAAAUUAUGGCUAUUAAUAUUAUACUGAUCACUAUAUCCUAUAUCUGUAUUGCCCAUGCAAUCCUAAAGAUAGUGUCCAAUACUGGGAGACAAAAAGCCUUCUCCACCUGCAGCUCCCACUUGGCUGUGGUCUCCAUAUUUUAUGGGGCACUAAUUGCUAUUUAUGUGGUCCCCCCCAGAAAAGAAUUGCAGACCAUAAGCAAAGUUCUGUCUCUGUUAUACACAGUAGUGACCCCAUUGGUUAACCCACUUAUUUACAGCCUUAGAAGUAAAGAUAUCAGAGAUGUCCUUCAAAGAAUAUUAAAUAGAUUACAUCAAGCACCUAGAGGGCAGAUUUAUUAA